UAAGAAUCAUUUCCGGUUUUGAGGCACGGGAGGGAAAUAAACAAAAUCAGACAGUUCAGAGGAGGGAAGGCGAGUUGUCCCGUUUUAGAGUACAGAGCUGGGUGGAGGUAUUGGGUGUGUGCAGCCUAGCCCUAUCAUGAUGACAACUAAGAGGCUAGACAAUUUUGAGGUGGUGUGUGAGUGGGCUUCAUGCAGCUUCAAAGGCCACACCAUGGAGGAGCUGAGCGAUCACAUGGCCCUGCAUUUAAAGGAUUACCUGGGAGACGGAGAUGCCCUGGAGGAGCUGGAUGAAUAUGCUUGUCUCUGGAAUGGAUGUGAAUUUUUGUCCAUGGGUAGCCCUGCGGAGCUGGAGGUCCAUGCUUACUUCCACAACUACCACGGUAAGCUCAAGUUUGUUGGCUCGCAACUGCUCAAGUCCCGCCCUGACCUGCCCAGCUGCAACCAGGGUUUACACAGCAACAACCUAGUUCCUGAGGGAUCGGACAGAUACACUUGCCAGUGGGAGCACUGUGACAGUACAUUUAACAAUCCUGAGUGGUUCUACCGGCAUGUGGACAAUCACGUUGAAAGUGCAGAGCCACAGUCUCUCUCACAGCAACAACAGGCCCUUUUCUGCCACUGGACAGGCUGCGAUGCCUUCUUCAAGAUCAGGUACCGCCUGAGAGAGCACAUGCGGAGCCACACUCAGGAGAGACUUGUAGCGUGUCCCACGUGCGGCAGCAUGUUCUCCAGCAACACAAAGCUGUUUGACCACCUCCACAGGCAGGCCGAGCCAGUGGAGUCACUGGUAUGCGAACACUGUGGCAAAGCUUUUUCCAGCGAGAGGCUUUUGAGGGAUCACGUUCGUCAGCAUGUGAAUCAGGUGAAGUGUCCAUUCUGUGAUAUGACCUGCACCACUUUGGCAGCUCUGAAGAUCCACAUCAGGUUCCGUCACUGCGAUGAGCGACCCUUCCCAUGUGACUUCUGUGAUAAAAGAUUUAAGAACCAGCGUGAUCUACAAAAGCACACAGAGGUUCACAAUGAGGGUACGGUGUAUCACUGUACUGUGGAGGGUUGUGAUUAUUCUUGUCACACAUUCCAAACCAUGAGCCACCACUUCAAGAGAGCGCAUGAGGUUGGGGGCAUGUCCAAAUAUAAAUGCCAUAUCUGUGAUAAGGUCUUCUCCUGGUGUUACACUCUCACACUUCACCUUCGCAAGAAGCAUGAGCUGAAAUGGCCGUCUGGACAUUCACGCUUUAGAUAUAAAAAGGAUGUAGACGGCUUCCUAAAAGUAAACAUGGUGCGGUUUGAGACUGUGGAAGUGACCAAAGAGAUCAUGAAGAACAUGGCCAAGAAGCGUUCGAGCCUUGGGAAAUGUCCGAAGAGCAGCAGCCGGAACAAGAGAGCUGCGGUCACACCAGAGAGUGGCUGGAGCUCCCCAACUGGUUCCUCCUCACCCUCCUCCAGCUCCUCCUCCUCAUAUGACUCCGAGUUCUCGGGAGGUGAGGAUGUGUUGUCUCAGCCGAGCCCUAGAAGCAGUGACUCUCCUGUGUACUGUGUGAUGAGCACCAUCCCCCACAUUGAAGACGAUCCUGAAGGGAUAAGUCAGGAGGACUGUGAGAGUAGUGGGACGUCUGGGGCCGUCCAGGCCCUGACAGAGGUCGCCAGGGGCCUGGGUAUGGACGUGGUUUGAUGGUUCACUUUGCACUGGGUCAAAUCACAGAUGUCCAGUGGAGCCUCUGGUUUAGCUGUUUUGCAAUUAAUCAGUUUGUGAAUUGUAGUACAUUUUGCCGUGGAGCUGUCAGUGGAGACGACUCUGCCACUGGUUCUUCUAGCAAAUGCUUUCACUUGGUUUGCAGCAUUUGUAGUGAUGUUACUUUGAGACAGUUUCUAUACACUGGCUUUUGGAGGACUACACUUUCAGUGUAGCAGCUCUAAUUAAAUAUUAUGCUUCAGCUCA